AAUCGGUUGUCUAUUUAAUUCUCUGUCUACAGAUGCAACACAAAGCUAUUGAAAAAUGAUUACGUAUAAAAUAAAUUUAUUAUUAUUAAUUAUAUAAAAAGAUGCGUACAGCGUAUGAUGAAAAUGGCAUAAUAUUAUCAAAAGACAAUUUCAGAACAAAAUUAACCGGUCACGUGUAACUUGCCACGUCUGUGAAUGCUUAAAUACAUAAAUCCCGGUUUCUGGAGAUUUAAAGUAAAAUGUUUGUCUAUGGCAGAACCCGUUUUAGCCGCCUUUUUAAAAUUAGAAACGAAUUUUGACAGAUUCAGCCGUUGGUUGUUUUGAGCGUUUACAAUUUUAAUUUUGAGUAGUGUCUCAAGAAAAUAGAAAAUCAUUUGAAGUGUAAUUAACUUUUCAAUCAGUUAUAAUGUAUUUCUAAUUGAAUUUCUGGUAGAAAAUGCUGUAUUGUUCUAUGUCGACGUAAUUAAAGUUCUAUUUAUAAUAACCAUGGGGAGUAAUACAAGUAAAUCAAGUACAGAGACAGCUGCUAUUUCCCAAAACAACGAACUGGACAAGGACGUCAGCAGCAAUCCGGAUCCUCGUUCACCAACGCCUGAAAUAACUCGCACUCCACUACAGAAUAAGAAUGGUGGAAAACACAACAUAACUAAGAAUGUUGACUUAAGGAAGACAUUUGAAAGUGGCAAAACUGAAGGAAAACUUGUACAUAACAAUCCUAUUCUAUCAGCAGUUAUAAAAAAUCAUUUGCAGUCCUAUGACCCUCGAUCUCCAACACAAGACUUUGAAAGGACCCCUAUUGUUGUAUCCAAUGAUUUAAAUGACAACACUGAGAAAAGGUGUUAUACACUUGAUAAUGAUUGUGGAAGCCCUUCACUUAAUAAUGAUACCAUUGACAAUAAUAAUCAUGACUCUUCAUUUGAAGUAAAACAAGUAAGUCCAGAUUUAGUAGUUCCUAUAAAUUUAUUUGACAAAUUUGUUGAUAUGUCCCUUGAUGACACAAUUAAGGAAACUGACGAGCCAUUGGGAUCAUCAACUGCUUCAAAUGAGGUUAUUGAAAAUCAAAUAUCAACACCAUGUUCUAACCCUACUAAACUGUUAGAAACUAAUUUUGAUUGUGUAGAAACUGAAAAUGAAAAGUUAGAGGAAGAUAAUGAGUUCAUAGAAACUGCUGAUGAAUGUGCAGAGUUACCAGGGGAUGAUAUGAAAAAGAUUCCUGUAUUUAAAAUCCUUGCAGAUGACCCUAGAUCUCCGUCUAUAGGUAUUGAAAGAACUCCGAUUGUUGUUGCCAAAACUGAAGAGAAUAGUGAUGGAAAUGUUGAAGAAAUGUCAGAUGACUCUUUGAUUAAAGCAUUACAAAAUACCAACACUGAACUCCGUCAAAAUAAUGUUCCAGACAAAAACCCUGAUGGUAUUCUCAUAUAUGAAGAUGAAUCUAAUUCUCUUAAUGACACACCUAAAAAAUCUAAAUCAACAAGCAAUAGUGGGUCAAGAACUCCAUUAUCAUGUAUGAAAAACAAAACUGAAGCAGCUCAUGGCAGGUCCAAAUCUACAAAUACAUUGUAUGAUAACAAAAAUAAGACAAAGUUACAAAAAAGGGUUUCUCACAUUCCAAGGUUGAAAUCAUUGAUCAAGCAUCCUACUUACGUGCAUACAGGAAGCACUAUAUCAUUGAAAAAUGUUACCAAAUCAUCAGCCAUUAGUGGAGAUUGUGAAAACACUCCACCACACUCUCAUCGGGACAUUUGGGAUAAAGACAAUAGCAUUGUUCUGUAACAUGGAUUUUAUACUUAUGACUUUAGUAUAUUUUUGUAUUAAUUAAUAUUCUUCAGAAUAAUGUUGAUUCUGUAUUUAUUCAGUAAUAUUAUAAUAUCAAAGCAAUUUUCAAAUACGGCCAAUAAAUAAUUUAAUAAAUGUGAUAAAUUCCUACUUGGGGUGAAUUAUGCAAAUGUUAGGUGAUAAAUACAAGUAAUAAUGUUUUAUUAAUUAGCGUUUAUAAAUUUGGUCAUUUUUUUGUAUCAAUUACCUUUAUUUUGUAAUACUUAACUAAUUAUAAUUAACAAUAAUGUUAUUUUGUGUAAAAUACUAACAACACCAACAUUGGUUUAGAUUUAAUGGUAUUGACAAUAAAUAUUGGAGAUUAAUAAAA